AAGCCGCCAUUGCAGCUGCAAGCAAGGAACAAGGCCAAGAACACCUCUCCUCUACUCUGUCCUCCUCCUGUUCGUCCGAGGUCGAUGGCAAUGGCCGCCGCCGUCCUCGUCGCCAUCGCAUUGCCGGUCUCGCUGGCGCUGCUGCUGGUGGCCAAGGCCGUCUGGGUCACCGUCUCAUGCUACUACCUCACGCCGGCGAGGAUCCGGCGGGUCCUGGCGAGCCAGGGCGUGCGCGGCCCGCCGCCGCGGCCGCUCGUCGGCAACCUCCGCGACGUGUCGGCGCUCGUCGCCGAGUCCACCGCCGCCGACAUGGCCUCCCUCAGCCACGACAUCGUCGCCCGCCUCCUCCCCCACUACGUCCUCUGGUCCAACACGUACGGGAGGCGGUUCGUGUACUGGUACGGGAGCGAGCCGCGGGUGUGCGUGACGGAGGCCGGCAUGGUGCGGGAGCUCCUGUCGUCGCGGCACGCGCACGUCACCGGCAAGUCGUGGCUGCAGCGGCAGGGCGCCAAGCACUUCAUCGGCCGUGGCCUCCUCAUGGCCAACGGCGCCACCUGGUCGCACCAGCGCCACGUCGUCGCGCCGGCGUUCAUGGCCGACCGGCUCAAGGGGAGGGUGGGGCACAUGGUGGAGUGCACGAGGCAGACGGUGCGGGCGCUGAGGGAUGCGGUGGCGAGGUCCGGGAACGAGGUGGAGAUCGGCGCGCACAUGGCGAGGCUCGCCGGCGACGUGAUCGCGCGCACCGAGUUCGACACGAGCUACGAGACCGGCAAGAGGAUCUUCCUCCUCAUCGAGGAGCUCCAGCGCCUCACCGCCCGCUCCAGCCGCUACCUCUGGGUCCCCGGCAGCCAGUAUUUUCCGAGCAAGUACAGGAGAGAGAUAAAGCGGCUGAACGGCGAGCUGGAGCGGCUGCUCAAGGAGUCCAUCGACCGGAGCCGGGAGAUCGCCGACGAGGGCCGGACGCCGUCGGCGUCGCCGUGCGGCCGUGGCCUCCUCGGCAUGCUGCUGGCCGAGAUGGAGAAGAAGGAGGCCGGCGGCAAUGGCGGCGGCGAGGUCGGGUACGACGCCCAGAUGAUGAUCGACGAGUGCAAGACCUUCUUCUUCGCCGGCCACGAGACGUCGGCGCUGCUCCUCACCUGGGCCAUCAUGCUGCUCGCCACGCACCCGGCGUGGCAGGACAAGGCGCGCGCCGAGGUCGCCGCCGUCUGCGGCGGCGGCGCGCCGUCGCCGGACAGCCUCCCGAAGCUCGCCGUGCUCCAGAUGGUGAUCAACGAGACGCUGCGGCUGUACCCGCCGGCGACGCUGCUGCCGCGGAUGGCGUUCGAGGACAUCGAGCUCGGCGGGGGCGCGCUCCGGGUGCCGAGUGGCGCGUCGGUGUGGAUCCCGGUGCUCGCCAUCCACCACGACGAGGGCGCGUGGGGCCGCGACGCGCACGAGUUCAGGCCGGACAGGUUCGCGCCGGGACGGCCGCGGCCGCCGGCGGGGGCGUUCCUGCCGUUCGCCGCCGGGCCGCGCAACUGCGUCGGGCAGGCGUACGCCAUGGUGGAGGCCAAGGUCGCGCUCGCCAUGCUCCUCUCCAGCUUCCGCUUCGCCAUCUCCGACGAGUACCGGCACGCGCCGGUGAACGUGCUCACGCUCCGGCCACGCCACGGCGUGCCCGUCCGCCUCCUGCCGCUGCCGCCGCCGCGCCCAUAGGCGGGCAUGGCGUGUUCUUCUUGGACUACAAUUUUGGAAACUUUUUUUUUCAUUUUUUUGAGUUGAGAGAAAAUUUUGUAGUUCUAUUAAUUCGGGUUACCCAAUGCUUUGGAAGAGUACGUAAAUUUUAUCGGCAAUUAAUGUUUUUGUAACGAGUAAAUAAUCUUAGUGUCCUCAAAUGGACAUAUAUGUAAAAUGUUGAGCAUGGAAACGGAGGAUAUUGGAGUAUUUGUUUUUUCGAUAAUGAAAUUUAUUCGAGAUGUAUCCAACCACUUGGCUCGAGUCCUAUUUAUAUUUUAGAAAAUGGAAUAAAAUAAAAUUCCGGCCUCCUUCCGAAAUGGGUGAACAGAACUAUCCCCGAAUGCUAUAUAGGAAACUAUAUGUUUUCACUCUUUCAUUCUUAGGUUAAAGUCUUUUGGGAAACCAAGGUUUCAAAUUAGUAUCCAUAAAAAUAUGUCUUUUGGGUCAAAAUGAUUAUCGGAAUUU